GCUGGGCUGGAGGCUGUGCCGGACGGAGGCGACGGAGGAGGAGAGGAAUCACAUGGCGUUCCUGACCCACGACAUCAGCAUGUUGCGGCUCUUCGAGACCUUCCUGGAGAACGCCCCGCAGCUCGCGGUGCUCCUCUACAGCGUCCUGCGCAGCAACAAGGCUGAGCCUUCCCAGGGAAUGGGAAUCUGCACGGCGUUCCUGUGUGUGACCUGGUCCCUGCUGGACUACCACCAGUCCCUGCGCUCCUUCCUGCAGGACAAGUACGAGAUGGGCUGGGGCUCCUCCGUCAUCUACUUCCUAUGGAACCUCUUCCUCCUCUGCCCCCGCAUCCUGGCGCUCGCCCUCUUUGCCCUGCUGUGGCCCUACGGUGUGGCCGUGCACUUCCUACUGGUGUGGCUGGCGAUGUUUCUCUGGGUCAGCCUGCAGGGCACCGAUUUCAUGGAGUCUCCGGGCCCCGAGCAGCUCUACCGCGCCAUGGUGGCCGUCAUCCUCUACUUCAGCUGGUUCAACGUGGCCCCGGGGAGGACCCUGCACCGCAGCAUCAUCUAUCACAGCUUCAUCCUGGUGGACAGCACGCUGCUGACCCUGGCCUGGCUCUGGGGCCGUCCCCCCGAGGAGCAGCACCCAUUCCUCAUCCCGGUGUUGUGCGCUGCGCUGCCCUGCUACUUCCUGGGGCUGCUGCUGCGCGUCACCUACUACAGGUGGCUGCACCCCAACGUGCGAGCACAGCCACGGAGCGGCGGGGACGAGGUGGAUGCUGAUGGAAGGGCUGAUGGGGCCGUGGAGUUCCGCAGCAUUUCAGAGCCUUGUGAGCUCCGCAGCGUUUCAGAGCCGGUCCUGGUGAACUCCCGGCUGCGGUGCCUCGCACGGAGCCACUUCCCGCUGUCUGUGCUGGCAGAGCCACACCUGCUGAAUGGGGCAGCUGCUGUCUGAGUCCUGCACUCCUUGAGAUGGAAUUGUGCCUUAUCCAAGUGUUUUGAGUUGUUGGGGAGGUUCUGUUUGGUUCUUUCUAUUGUGUGCCCCAGGCUGCAGUUUUGGCAGUUCAUUGCCACAGCAGGGAUGCAGGCAGGCAGGGUCGGAGCUUGGUGCUAGGCCUGCGUGGCACUGUGGCACUGUUGAUUCUUGUUAUUUAUUAUUCACCUUUUCCAAAAAAAAAGAAAAUAGAAAAAAAAACCAAAACAUCUGGU